GGGGGCUGGCAUGGCCGCGUGCUUGUGAACGCGGAGCGCGCGAGGGGCCGCUGCCACCAUGCCCGGGGGCGUGGGCGCCGUCCGGCUCUGCCUGCUGGCGCUCGCCCUGCCGGGGUGGACCAGAAGAGGAAAUGGGGAAGGCACCGCCCACCUACAGCAUGAACGAAUAAUACCUCAGUGGAAGACUGCAGAAAGCCCCACGAAAGAAAAGCAUCCACUCAAAGCUGAGCUCAGGGUAACGGCCGAGGGGCGAGAAUUCAUCUUGGACCUGGAGAAGAAUGAGAACCUUUUUGCUCCAGCCUACACAGAAACCCAUUAUACUCCAAGUGGCAACCCUCAAACCACCACGCUGAAAUCUGAGGACCACUGCUUUUACCAUGGGACGGUGAGGAAGGCAGAGCAGUCCAGUGUGACACUCAGCACCUGCCGGGGAAUGAGAGGACUGAUUAUGGUGAGCAGUAACCUCAGCUACAUCAUCGAGCCCCUGCCUGACAGCGAGGGCCUCCACCUUAUUUACAGAUCUGAACAUCUCAAGCUGCCCCUGGGGAACUGUGGGGUCAAGUACUCCAAGUCCACUACCAGGGACUGGGUCCUUCAUUUUACGAACCAGACCAAGAAACGACCUCGCAGGAUGAAAAGGGAAGAUUUACACUCCAUGAAGUAUGUGGAGCUUUACCUCGUGGCUGAUUAUGCAGAGUUUCAGAAGAAUCGGCGAGACCAGGACGCCACCAAACACAAGCUCAUGGAGAUCGCCAAUUAUGUUGAUAAGUUUUACCGAUCCUUGAACAUCCGGAUUGCCCUUGUGGGCUUGGAAGUCUGGACACAUGGGAAUAUGUGUGAAGUCUCGGAGAACCCCUACUCUACUCUCUGGUCAUUUCUCAGUUGGAGGCGCAAGCUGCUCACCCAGAAGAACCAUGACAACGCACAGUUAAUCACGGGCAUGUCUUUCCACGGCACCACCAUCGGGCUGGCCCCCCUUAUGGCCAUGUGCUCUGUGUACCAGUCUGGAGGAGUCAAUAUGGACCACUCUGAGAAUGCCAUUGGCGUGGCUGCCACCAUGGCCCACGAGAUGGGCCACAACUUCGGCAUGAGCCAUGAUUCUGCGGAUUGCUGCUCUGCCAGCGCGGCUGACGGUGGGUGCAUCAUGGCGGCUGCCACCGGGCAUCCCUUUCCAAGAGUGUUCAAUGGAUGCAACAGGAAGGAGCUGGACAGGUAUCUGCAGUCAGGCGGUGGGAUGUGUCUCUCCAAUAUGCCAGACACCAGGACGCUCUAUGGAGGCCGGAGAUGUGGGAAUGGGUACCUGGAAGAUGGGGAAGAAUGUGACUGUGGGGAGGAAGAGGAAUGUGAGAACCCGUGCUGUAAUGCCUCAAAUUGCACCCUGAAGGAAGGGGCUGAGUGUGCCCACGGCGCCUGCUGUCACCGGUGUAAGCUGCUGGCCCCUGGGACCCUGUGCCGUGAGCAGGCACGGCAGUGCGACCUUCCAGAAUUCUGCACGGGCAAGUCUCCCCAUUGCCCCACCAACUUCUACCAGAUGGACGGCACCCCCUGUGAGGGUGGCCAGGCCUACUGCUACAAUGGCAUGUGCCUCACCUACCAGGAGCAGUGUCAACAGCUGUGGGGGCCUGGAGCCCGGCCUGCUCCUGAUCUCUGCUUCGAGAAGGUGAAUGUGGCAGGGGACACCUUUGGAAACUGUGGGAAGGACAUGAAUGGGGAACACAAGAAGUGCAACAUGAGAGAUGCCAAGUGUGGGAAGAUCCAGUGUCAGAGUUCUGAGGCCCGGCCGCUGGAGUCCAACGCAGUGCCCAUUGACACCACCAUCAUCUUGAAUGGGCGGCAGAUCCGGUGCCGGGGCACCCAUGUCUACCGUGGUCCUGAGGAGGAGGGGGACAUGCUGGACCCAGGCCUGGUGAUGACCGGGACCAAGUGUGGCUACAACCAUAUUUGCUUCGAGGGGCAGUGCAGGAACACCUCCUUCUUUGAAACGGAAGGCUGCGGGAAGAAGUGCAAUGGCCAUGGGGUCUGCAACAACAACCAGAACUGUCACUGCUUCCGGGGCUGGGCCCCACCCUUCUGCAACACACCCGGCCAGGGGGGCAGCAUCGACAGUGGGCCCAUGCCCCCUGACGGUGUUGGUCCUGUGAUAGCCGGAGUGUUUACGGCCAUGUUUGCACUGGCGGUCCUUAUGCUGAUCUACUACUGCUGUAAACAGAACAACAAACUGGGCCAACUCAAGCCCUUAGCCCUCCCUUCCCAACUGAGGCAACAGUUCAGUUGUCCCUUCAGGGUGUCUCAGAACAGUGGAACUGGCCACUCCAACCCAACGUUUAAGUUACAGACGCCCCAGGGCAAGCGAAAGGUGACCAACACCCCUGAAACCCUGCGGAAGCCCUCCCAGCCUCCUCCUCGGCCCCCUCCAGACUAUCUGCAUGGUGGCUCCCCACCUGCGCCAUUGCCAGUGCACCUCAGCAGGGCUGCUAGGAGCUCCCCAGGGCCCGGGUCCCAAGUAGAGAGGAAGGAGUCAUCCAGGAGGCCUCCUCCAAGCCGGCCAGUUCCCCCGGCCCCAAACUGCAUCCUCUCCCAGGAUCUCGCCAGGCCGCGGCCACCACAGAAGGCACUCCCAGCCAACCCAGUGCCAGGCCGCAAGAACCUCCCCAGGCCAGGUGGCGCCUCCAUCUUGCAGCCCACUGCCGCUACCCCUCUUCAGCCCCGGCCUCUGGCAGCACCUGUCCCAAAGUUUCCUGAAUACAGAUCACAGAGGGCUGGGGGGAUGAUUGGCUCGAAGACCUAG